AUGAGUGACUCCAACUUCACCUUGGUGACAGAAUUUGUCUUAUUGGGCUUCCCAGAGCUCUGCCACCUGCACGGGCUGCUUUCUGGGUCCUUUCUGACCAUCUACAUGGUGACCCUCCUGGAGAACUUGGUCAUCAUAGUGGUCAUCCGGACCAGUCGUCAGUUGCACACACCCAUGUACUUCUUCCUGGCCAACCUCUCAGUGCUGGAGAUCCUGUACACCUCAGUUACUGUCCCUAAGCUGCUGGCCAGCCUCCUGGUGCAGGAAAAGACCAUAUCUUUCUCAGGGUGUCUUACCCAGCUCUUCCUCUUCCUCUCACUGGGCUCCUCUGAGUGCUUCCUCCUAGCCACCAUGGCCUGUGACCGGUACCUGGCCAUCUGUCACCCGCUGCGUUACCCAGCCAUCAUGGAUUCAAGGUUGUGCCUGCACCUAGCCCUCAGUGCCUGGCUUGGUGGCUUCCUGGCCUCAUUUGUGUCCUUGGCUCUCAUCUCUCACCUCAGGUUCUGUGGCCCCAAUGUCCUUAACCAUUUCUUCUGUGACAUCUCCCCUCUGUUGCAGCUCUCCUGCUCAGAUACGACUGUGAUUGAAAUGCUGGACUUUGUGGCAGCCCUGGCCGUGCUCAUGACUUCUCUGCUAGUGACUGUAGUCUCCUAUGUCCGCAUCCUGGCCACGGUGCUGAGAAUUCCAGGAGGGGCAGGUCGCCAGAAGGCCUUCUCUACCUGUGCCUCACACCUGUUGGUGGUGGCGAUCUUCUACACCACCACCAUCUUUAUGUAUGCCCGUCCUCAUGCAGCCAGCUCCUUUGACCUCAACAAGCUGGUGUCUGUGAUCUACUCAGUGGUGACCCCACUACUCAAUCCCAUUAUCUACUGCCUGAGGAACAGAGACAUCAAGGAGGCCUUGGCCAAACACCUCCAGUCCUGUGGUCUCUCCUGA